AUGCGCUUCUUCAAGCUCCUUGCGGAGGUCUCUGUCGGCGUCGGCACCCUCCUCAGUGGUUACUGCCCCGAAGACGGCGGCGCCCCGCCAUUCAGGCCUCCCGCCGGCAUCGACAGGGCUUGCGCCGCCUGGGGCAAGACUGUUGAUGCAGUUUUCAACCCCGUCGGACUCGGACAUACGUUGCUUCGCAUCAAGGACGGUUCGUUCAACACGGGUUGGGAUGGCACACUCAUUGGGAUGUGGCGAAGCGGUCAACUCGCCCCCUCCGACGAAGACUGGUCCCCGGACCUCUCCUUCGUGAACGGUACGACCAACAUCGACAUCGGUUACAUCGAUCCUGGGAGUCCGCCUGGUUCCGGAGCGCUACCUGAGGCGCGCAAGACACCAAGCGGAUAUACCGGUACUAAGGACAUCAUUCUCGCCCCCUGCAUCAUCUGCUCCUCUCUUCGCGAUGCACCUUCGCCCACGGACGACGACUACGCGACCAUCGCCGUCGGCGACAUCCGUGUCAAGAUCAUUCGCGAAUGGCCCGCCAACUCGAAGCCCGCGGAGGACAUGCUUCGUACUGUCAUGCUCCUCUCUUUGGUUAUCGGGGGACAUAUCCUGGCCGCGAUGAUCGCUCACGACCCUCAUAACGUCGUCGAAACGCACGUCUUUCCAUUCAUCGGACGCUGCGUACGCCGGGUCGUCCACGUUUGGAACAUGCCGUGGACCAGCAGCGGGAGGAUCUUCAUCACGACGAGCGACGGCAACGAGUGGGUGCUGCUGGACGACCUUGUGAACGCUGAGUUCAUCUUAGUAGUCGAGGACGAGCCGGAUCACGUGGACCCGGCACCUCUCUGGAACCGCGGCAUGCGCGUCCCCACCUCUGGUCCUCGCCAGACUCGUCGUGGUCAGAAGAAGGCCUCGAAGAAGUCGAAGGGCUCGAAGCGGGGCGCAUGA